ACUGUGGGUAGGCAGCACCGCUCCGGGAGCCCGCGGUGGUGGCGGCGGCGGCGGCUGAGCGAGGCUGCGCGCGCCGAAGAUGGCUGAGAAGCAGAAGCACGACGGGCGGGUGAAGAUCGGCCACUACGUGCUGGGCGACACGCUGGGCGUCGGCACCUUCGGCAAAGUGAAGAUUGGAGAACAUCAGUUGACAGGUCAUAAAGUGGCAGUUAAAAUUCUAAAUAGACAGAAGAUUCGCAGUUUAGAUGUUGUUGGAAAAAUAAAGCGGGAAAUUCAAAAUCUAAAACUCUUUCGUCAUCCUCAUAUUAUCAAACUAUACCAGGUGAUCAGCACUCCAACAGAUUUUUUUAUGGUAAUGGAAUAUGUGUCUGGUGGUGAAUUAUUUGACUACAUCUGUAAACAUGGACGGGUUGAAGAGAUGGAAGCCAGACGGCUCUUUCAGCAGAUCCUGUCUGCGGUGGAUUACUGUCAUAGGCAUAUGGUUGUGCACCGAGACCUGAAACCAGAGAAUGUGCUGUUGGAUGCACACAUGAAUGCCAAGAUAGCUGAUUUUGGAUUAUCUAAUAUGAUGUCAGAUGGUGAAUUUCUGCGAACUAGUUGUGGAUCUCCAAAUUAUGCAGCACCUGAAGUAAUCUCAGGCAGAUUGUAUGCAGGUCCUGAGGUUGACAUCUGGAGCUGUGGUGUUAUUCUGUAUGCUCUUCUCUGUGGCACUCUCCCAUUUGAUGAUGAGCACGUGCCUACGUUAUUUAAGAAGAUCCGAGGGGGUGUUUUUUAUAUCCCAGAAUACCUCAAUCGCUCUGUCGCCACUCUCCUGAUGCAUAUGCUGCAGGUUGAUCCUCUGAAACGAGCAACUAUCAAAGACAUAAGAGAGCAUGAAUGGUUUAAACAAGAUUUGCCCAGUUACUUAUUUCCUGAAGACCCCUCCUAUGAUGCUAAUGUCAUUGAUGAUGAGGCUGUGAAAGAAGUGUGUGAAAAAUUUGAGUGUACGGAAUCAGAAGUAAUGAACAGUCUAUAUAGUGGCGACCCUCAAGACCAGCUUGCAGUGGCCUAUCAUCUUAUUAUUGACAAUCGGAGAAUAAUGAACCAAGCCAGUGAGUUCUACCUCGCGUCUAGUCCCCCAACGGGUUCCUUUAUGGAUGAUAGUGCCAUGCAUAUUCCUCCAGGCCUGAAACCUCAUCCAGAAAGGAUGCCACCUCUUAUAGCAGACAGCCCUAAAGCAAGAUGUCCAUUGGAUGCACUGAAUACAACUAAGCCCAAAUCUUUGGCUGUAAAGAAAGCCAAGUGGCAUCUUGGAAUCCGAAGUCAAAGCAAACCGUAUGACAUUAUGGCUGAAGUUUACCGAGCUAUGAAGCAGCUGGAUUUUGAAUGGAAGGUAGUGAACGCAUACCACCUUCGUGUCAGGAGAAAAAACCCAGUGACUGGCAAUUAUGUGAAAAUGAGCUUACAGCUUUACCUGGUUGACAAUAGAAGUUAUCUUUUGGACUUUAAAAGCAUUGAUGAUGAAGUGAUGGAGCAGAGGUCUGGUUCUUCGACACCUCAGCGUUCCUCCUCUACUGCCGGCUUACAUAGACCCAGAUCAAGUUUUGAUUCUGUGACUGCUGAGAGCUAUUCACUGUCGGGCUCCCUCACUGGCUCCUUGACUGGAAGCACACUGUCCUCAGUUACACCUCGCCUGGGAAGCCACACCAUGGAUUUUUUUGAAAUGUGUGCCAGUCUGAUCACUACUUUAGCUCGUUGAUGAUUUUCCCCUAGUUUAUAUCUUUCUGUUGUUGCACUGUGAAAUCACAUGUAUUCUUUAAAUUAUUAUUUUACUUAUGUGUACACAUACUCUAAAAUGCUGAUUGACAGACAUGAAUAUUGCCAGGGGACACUCAAUGCCAUUGAAAUUAUGAAAACAAAAGUCUGACAUUUUAUUUAUCUGUAGAAAUCUGUAAUUGUACUAUGAUAAAUUCAUAUAGGCAGUAUCAUUAGUAGAUGAACACUGAUGAAGAUCGUUAAGUAAAAUUGUGAAUUCAUUACAGAUGAUUAAUACACCUUCACUGGUGAACAAUCUCAGUCAGAGGGUAGUUUGGCAGCACCUCCUUGCUUUACUCUUUGGUGUAGGUAAAUCCAGUCACUACCUAAAAAUUUCAGCAAACUUUAAGCUAUGUUUAUGCUCCCAAUUCUUUUCUUUUUUUUAAUCCUCAUCCAAGGAAUGGGGAUAUUUUUUCCAUUGAUCCCUUAGAGCAGUGAUGGCGAACUCAUUUUUUUUGGUUGAUUUUUCUUUGUUAAAUGGCAUUUAAAUAUAUAAAAUAAAUAUCAAAAAUAUAAAUCUUUGUUUUACUAUGGUUGCAAAUAUCAAAAGAUUUCUAUAUGUGACAUGGCACCAGAGUUAAGUUAGGAUUUUUCAAAAAGCUGACACGCCGAGCUCAAAAGGUUCGCCAUCACUGCCUUAGAAAGAGUGGAAGUGAGAAGGGGAAAGAGAGAAACAUAGAUGUGAGGGAGACACAUCGAUUGGUUGCCUCCUGCACAUGCUCUGACCAGAGGUGGGGAACAAUCUGGGAACCCAAGUACCUGCCCUUGAUCCGGAAUCAAGUUCCCAACUCUCUGUUGCGCAGGUUGACUGACGCUCUAACUACUGAGCACACCAGCCAGGGCUGCACCAUUCUUUUUGCACAUGAUUGAAAAAUAAAACCACCAUUAGUAAAAUAGUAUUUAAAUGUUGAAAUCUUAAAAUUUCAGAAGCUAAGUUCUAGGAAUUUUUGCCUAGUAUUUAACAGAAAGGCUGUGGUCCUGAAACAGUAACCAUGAUUUCCUGGUUUCUUAACAACAACCUUAACCAACUAGAGGUUUUAUCUUGAGACUAGAGGCCCAGUGCAUGAAUUUCGUGCACUGCUAGGGUCCCUAGCGGCUGCUGGCUGGGGCCUCCCUCUCUUCCCCUGGCUGGCCCCGCCCGCUGGUCAAACUCCCGGCCAAGGGGACAAUUUGCAUACUACGCUUUUAUUAUAUGGGAUUUCCAUGAGUAAUAUACUUAUUUUAAGAACCUUCAAGGUUCUACUCCAUAUUGGAACAUCUGGAAUUGCAACAACUUUUGUCAUAAACUUAUAUCAUUUAAAACAGGCCUUUAAAACCUAUCCUUCUCAAAUUCUUUUUGGCUUUAUUUAUUUUUGUACUUUACUAAGCAUGAUAAAACUGACAGUUACAUGAAACAAAGGAAAAUCAGUUCCUUAAAAGAGAACUUUUAUCUUUGAUCUCUUAUUAUGUGUGGUGGUAGGGUAUGUGUGUGUUACAUCCCACAUGUUAAUUCUUCAGGGGAAGUUUAUCAUUGCAGCCACCCUCUUCCUCACUUUUCCUGGUCACCAUUGUCUUUGUCUUUGUUUAGUGGCUGAUUGGUUUAGCCUUUUACAUCCAAUUUGAAAACACUGUUCUGGCCUUAAGGGCUUUUAUGUAAUUCCAGAGCUUGAUAGGCUGUGACCCUCACUGUUGAACUUUUUAGGGCAGGGAAGCCUUAAACAUUAAAAAAAAAAUCUCUUGUAUAAAUAUAUGUGUUGUUUACAUAUAUACAUGUAUGUAUUCACACGCCAAUGCUUUUUAAAGGAAACCCAAACAGGUUUUUGUUUGUUUGUUUGUUUUGUCCAGGUUGUGUUUUUAUUUUUUUUUUAAUCUUAAAAAAAAAACACACUUAUAUACAGCAGGAUAGAUAAUAGCUUAUUAAUUAUAUUUUGCUUUAGUAAAAGUAUUUAAUUUUAAAAUUAUGUAUAAUUUACCUAAUUUGUAUGUAUUCAUUUUCUACAGCAUAUUGUGAUUAACAAUCUCAUUCACCUGAUUUACCCUAGACAAGAUUAAGCUCUUGAAAACAAAAAGUGACUAAGCCUUGACAGGUUUCUCUUUGCCAAAAAUAAUGCUUCCUACCAGAAGCAAAUGAGAAUGUUAGACCAAAUUUCUUCCGUGUCAGUGGAAGACAAGCAUGUCUACCUUUAAACAGUUUUGAGUCAGGAGUGUGCAGUGUUACAUCAUAUUGUUUUGUAGAACUUUUAAAAAAUCUUGUUAACUUUUUAAGUCUGACUUAAUAUCAAAAUAAAAGGAACCCUUGCUGGGAAAGAGGGUGGGGUUGCAGUCAAGAAGUUUUAAGUGUAAGCCCUUGAAAGGUUGCCACCUAGUGGCACAAAAGGGUGCUUUUUUUGAUUAUUUUUAUAGGGAUAAGCAGUAUUCCUAUUGUGUUAGUCUGAGGUGCAUUGUAGAUAGGGCAUAAUUUUGGCCUCUCCAAGUGUGUAAAUACCACUUUUUGGAAAAGCAAGGCCACCUCAUAACCUGUGCCUAACUAUCAAUGGGAUGACCUUAGAAAUAAGGAACUAAUCUGACUCCUUAUCCUCAGUGACAAAAUCCCUAAUAAUUUUGUAGGUGGAGAAACAACAGGAAGGAACUUAGUGGUAUUUUAGUUUUGUUAGUCUUAAUAAAUCAUAUAUGAGAAACUUAUAUCAAAACUACUUUAUAUGGAUGAUUAUCAUAUUUUUUGAGAGUUAAAAAAAUUUAAUAUUUUCUCAUUCUUGCCAGUAUUCAUGAAUAUCUAUAAUUUGGUAGUUACCUGUUGAAUUUAGGAGAACCAAGGGUCACAGUUUGGUUUUGUAUGUUUAAGUUUUUAAAGCACAGCUAUUCUGUGAAUCUAAAAUUGUUUUGUGGAGAGAAGAUUCCAUGAGGCUUAGUCCAGGAUAACGGGCUAGAACAGUGGUUCUCAACCUGUGGGUCGUGACCCCUUUGGGGGUCGAACGACCCUUUCACAGGGGUUGCUUAAGACCAUCAGAAAACACAUAUAUAAUUACAUUGUUUUUGUGAUUAAUCACUAUGCUUUAAUUAUGUUCAAUUUGUAACAAUGAAAAUACAUCCUGAAUAUCAGAUAUUUACAUUAUGAUUCAUAACAGUAGCAAAAUUACAGUUAUGAAGUAGCGAUGAAAAUAAUUUUAUGGUUGGGGGUCACCACAACAUGAGGAACUGUAUUAAAGGGUCGCAACAUUAGGAAGGUUGAGAACCACUGGGUUAGAACAUUGUCAAAGGAGGCUUUCUGUUGCUAAUGAACAGAGGAGGAAACAAUCAGUACUAAAUCCCCACAUUUCAGUCUUAUAUACGGGUUAAUUGUGGAUGUGGUUUGUGGUAGGCAGAUCUGUGGUAGGAACAAUUGGUUCCAGUUAAAAUUCUAGCAGAGAGCUUCUAUUGUUAGGUUAUAGAUAAAGGCUUAGCUAUGUCAUGGAAAUGGACUCCAUAGGAUUCUAGAAUAGCAUUUCCCAAAUAGUAUCCUGCGAGAUGCUCUGAAGAACGAUUCAAUUCGAACAAGUUUGGAAAAUGUUACCUGCUACUCUCCUGCUUGAAGAUGACAGUAGAUGAGAGUGUUAAAGGCUUUAAUGCCCUGUGGGAAAAAGGCAACCCUUUAACUUUGUUUACCCUCUUUGCCUGAAUUAAUGUAACCAUGAUUUUUCAACUUACUAACCCAUGGAUAAAGCAAAUUUGGAAAAUACUAUUUUAGGAAAAUUAUUGUCUCCUCUUAGUUAAGAAUAAAGAUCCCUUUUCCCUUAUUCAUUGUUGGAGAGAAUCUGGUUCAAAAUCAGAAUAAUUUCAUUUUAACCUGUGGACAUAGUCACCUUGAGCUGCACUAAAUAGCACCUUGAUUUUUAUAGCACCUUAAUUUUCUUAAUCAGGUCGUGGUAUUAUUUGGGAGCAACGUAUUCUUUUUUGUGUGUGCUGAAUGGGUAACUGAAAAAUCUUGAACCAGAUUACUUGUAAAAAAGUACUAAGACUAGGGACGAAUGCUAUGGCUCUAUGGAUAAUGAGCCAGUAUCAUUGAUUCUUACAUUCAAAAUAUGGAUGUAGUGAGUGAACAUUUUCUAAAUAUUUAGAUGUAAUUCCCAUUAUCCUUUAAUGUAGGAAUAAAGAACAUCUCAAAUUGAAUUUAUAGGGAGGGAGGGAGGCAAUCUACAGUUUAACAUUUUUUAAAAAAUUGUUUUUAGAGAGAGAAAUGGAGAGAGAGAAACAUUGAUUUAUUCCACUUAUGACUGAUUUUUUGUAUGUGCCCUCACCUGGGGUCGAACCGACAAUUUUGGUGUAUCAGGAUGACGCCCUAAACAACUGAGCUACCAGCCAGGGCUCAGUCAAGAAAUUUUUAAGAGACAGAUUUGUAAACUCUAGCAUUUGCAUUCCUUGAUACUAGCUAUUAUAUAGAGAAUCCAGGAGCCUAAAUUAAAUCAGAAAUGAUCACAUUUCUAUGUCAGGGAACUGUCUGUAUGUUGCUGCUUUCUCUUAUUCCCUUGCCAGUUGGUACUCAGGGAAUAGAAAUUGAUUUUUAGUAUUUGAUGAGACAUAAGUGAGGAAAUAAUCAUAGACAACUGUUACAGAUUUUUUGACUGUGGAAUUAUCUGUAACCUCUAUCAUUGUGCAGCAUACUGAGUUAAUGUAAGAACCACACCUUCUGUUUGUAAAAUAUAAAAGCUUGGAACGUGUCUACCACAGACACUGCCUCUGUCUGUUCACUGGUUAAUAAUUGAAAUCCUAUCAUUGGUUGUGAAAUCUCAAUAUCUAAAUGCUAGACAUGUUCACAGUUUUGGCUGUUUUUGUUUUUUUCAAAGACCCCUACCUUUUCAAUCUGGUGUUUCUUUACUUGUGGUUUUACUGUUAUCCUAUUACUUUGUGGUCUUUUAAAUAAGGAAUAUAAUUUAUUUUAAUAAUGGUUCUCAGAGAUUCUAUUUUGUUAGAAAUUCUGGAUGAGGGAUAUGUGCAAUCUAUUGGUAAGACACAUCCUAUGUUGUAGUUCAUUUUUGUAACCUAAAGAUAACAAAAGGUAACGUGAGGUAUCUUUGAGCUUUAAAGUUCUGUCUUCUCAUAUGAUUUGCGUUAGUGUCCACAUUUUAUAUAUUUAGAGUUUUUAUACUAGUGAAAAUGUUCUGUAUAUGUUUGGUGAAGCCUUUUGAUGUUAUAUAUUGGAAUUGUUUUUCUAAAUGCAGUCAUCCUCUGGAAUACAAAUGGCAGAAAACCAAACAUGUUACAAUGUCAUGUGCACUUGACAGAAGCAAACCAUGGCUGAUUUGAGGUGAUGGAAGUGCUCCAUACAUUUUAUAGUGUUUUUUAGAUCCAUAUCUAUUAACUUAGUUAACAUUUUCUGUAACCUUGCCAGGUGCCCACUUUCCAGGUGAGGAAGCAGGCUCAGAAAGCUCUUCAUAAAGAUCCAUGCCGUACAAGUAUCAGCAAUGAUCACUGCCCUUUAUAUGCCUCCUUCCUGGCGUGGGGAGGAAGGGUGGAAGCGGGGGAGGGUGGAGAGAACAGUCACUGAAACAUCGAAGUAGUUGAGUAAUAAAAAUAAACACAGGUGUUUUGCUUUCAAGUCUUAGAGUGACAUAGUCUUAACUGUUUCUUAGUUUAAUUAUUUGAACCAGUUGAUUGUACUAACUAGAUUAUCUAAAGUAUUUAGAUGAGCAUAUAGAUUUUUACAAGUCUGAGUUAUUGGGGUUGAUUAAAAUAUACUGAAGGAACUUUUUAGGAUAUGCUUCUCCCUUUAAUUUGCAUGGUUUUUAUCAUGCAAUCUUUUUAAAAAGUAAAAUUAGCUCCAGCCCCUAUCCUAAAUUAUAGUUUUUAAAUUAUUAUCUGAUUUAGGCAUACCUAAAUUUCAUUUACAGAAGGAUAAUUUUUCAUUUUGUAUGCAUAUUAGAUGAUAAAAACACUUUUCAUAGAGUAUAUUUCUAUUCAUGAAUACCUAAUUAUUACCAGCUUGAUAUUCUCCAAAACCUUAUGAAACAACUUUGAAAUGUAAUUUUUGUUUGAUGAGCUUUAAAAAUUAUAUAAAUUUAUUUAAACCAGUUGCUGGCAUUCUUACUAGUCUUUUCCACAUGUAAAUAUGAUGCAUUUCAUGGCACUGAAGAGUAAUAGAAAGGAGAGAGCAGGACCCACAGUGCAGUCUGGAUUGAGUUUUAGUUAAACCUUUUCAGCCACAACCUGAUAAUAAUCAGGCUGGUCUAGAAGUUCUCAGACUGUGGGCCUGUAUUAAUUUUGUGAGCCAGUGUUAAUGUUUACUGCCAGCCUCACAAAGCAAUGCCAGUUUGCAGCCGCAACGCUAUAUGUGACUUUUGGUAACUAUUUAUAUCUAAAGCAGUUGAGAUUUUAUGGAUGUAGCUCGUGAUUAUUGGGACAAGCAGGGUAGGUAAAUUUCAGUUACAUUUAAAGUGCAAUUAAGAAAAUUCUAGAGCAGAGCUCUCUUUACAGGAAAAAGAAAGCACAGUAUUUGUAGAAUACCCUAGCAUGAAAACUUCUGUGAGCAUUCAUAGAAUUUUGACAAAGUUCAUACAGUUUUUUUAUUUGUUUAUUCAAGGUUUGCUACUUUGUGUUGAUUUAAAAUUUCAAAGAGAAAUAGGAAUAGCCAAGGAGAAUUGCAUAAUUUUUGCUGCUAAUUUAUGCAUGUAUUUUUCACAGCUAAAAAUCCCUUUUUAAGUUAGCUUCAUUAUGAAGGCCAUUUUUUCUAGACAAAAUAACAUUUCCUAAAAUGAAAAAGAAACAGAUCCACUGAUCUAAAAAAUAAAAACACCUUAAUUGUGCCUUAUUAUAGGAAGAGUAAAAAUUAGUCAAAAACUUGUUUAAACUGUAUUUUCUUUUGUUCUAAUUCCGUUCACUGUUCCUUAUAUCUGCCUCCUUGAAUGGUCACAUUGCUGUGUGCCUGUUUGUUUUCAGGUUCCUUUGGCCAGACCUCAACCUGUCGUCAUCACAAGUUGGUCACUAGAUUAUUCUUCUAUUCCUUUUGUGUUGCUUCACUUUUUAAGUCACCUUGAUAAAAGUUUGGCUGUCUUUUCCUGUUUUUAAAAUGAGUGCAAUGAAUAGCAAUAUUUAUAUUUCAUCCCUUUAAAAAGUUUGUAAAGGAAAGAAUGCAGAGCAAAGAACAUAAUCUAAUUUGGAAUCUUAGUCUGGCUGCUGUGUCAGCAGCAAGUCACAUAACCUCAUUUCAUUUUCUCAUCUAUAAAAUG